AUGACUACAUCAACUUUUCAUUCUUAUAAAACAAAUAUUGAUAUAUUAAUAACUUCUAUUUGUUUAGUUGGAUCAUUUCUUUCUGUUGGUUUUUUUACUGAAUAUUUAACAAAACACCAAUUUGGCAAAGACAAAAUUUUAUUUACUGCCACUAGUGGGUUAGUAUUUCUUCAGGCAUGUUUCAGUACACUUGGAGCAUAUAUCCUCAUUAAAAUAACAAAACAACACUUUGAUAUAAAAAAUGUUCCAUAUAAAAGAUUUAUUAUUCAAAGUCAAACGUAUUGUGGUGCAAUGUUCUUUUCAAAUAAAUCACUGUUAUAUAUCGAUUAUCCAACUCAAAUUAUUACAAAAUUUUGUAAACCAAUUACUGUAAUGUUAUUUAGUAUUUUUUACACUAAAAAAUAUGAAAUAAGACAGGUUAUAUUCAGCAUUAUUACAUUUAGUGGAAUAGCAAUGUUUAUGUAUGAUAAAUUUGCUAAAUUAGACACUUCUAAAUAUUCAGACUUUUCAUUCAUAUUUGGAUUAAUACUAAUUGUUAUAUCUUUAGUUUGUGAUGGAAUAGCAUCAUCAGAAGAAGAUAUUAUUGCUCAUGACUAUCAAGUACCACCAUUCUAUACAAUGAUAGUUAUUAUUAAAAAACCUAUUUGUAUUGAUUUUAAAGAAUUCACACAAUUGAGAAGAAUUAAACUUAUAUCUAUUAAUGUUAAAUUAAAUUUGUUUCAAUUCUUCACAGAAAAGAAUCAAAAAUUUGAUUGGGUCUAUGUUAAUCUAACUCAGAAUAUAGAAGCUUUUAUUAACCAAAUAGAUGAUUAUGAAAUAAAAAAAUUUAUAAUUGAAACAAAAAAAAUUAAUGGUAUUAAUAUUCUUAAUAAACAAAUAUUAUCUAAAAAGGUUAUUGUUUGUUGUAAUGAAUGGAUUGAAAAAAAAGAGGCAAUAGUUAAUUAUCAAGACUCCUUCUUAUAUUCUUCAAGAAAGAAAAAUAUAAAUGAAGCAAUGAAACUUUAUUAUCCCUAUAGUAUUGAGUUGUCUUGGCUCUAUAAUGAAAAUGAAAAAAUUGUUGAUCUAUCAUCAUUUACUAAUAUUAUACAAAUAAGACAACAAUUUAAACCAAAACAACAAUACUAUUAUCCUUCUUCACUAAAAAUAUAUGAUGGUUGUUCUCUAAAAAAUAUUCCUAAUUCUAUAAUUUAUUUAUAUUUAUCUGAUGUCGCAGAAUCUAUUAUAAUUCCUUCAUAUAUUAUAGGUCUUAAACUUGAAAAUGUUCCUCAUUGGACUAUUCCCGAUAAUAAUUGUGUUAAUACUUUAAAACUUAUUACUGAUAUUGAUGACAAACUUCCUUCUGAACUGACUAAAUUGAAAAACAUGAAAGCAAUGCACCUUACAAACUGUAGUGUUACGAAUAUUUUAACAGUACUAACAAGAUUAAAUAAAAUGAGAUUAUCUCAAUGUAGGAUUGGACUAAAUUCAACUGACCUCCCAUCUUCUUUGACAUCAAUCAUUUGUAGAAAUUGUAAAACUAAAUCUUGUUUUCUUCCAAGUUCACUUGUCUCAUUACAAAUACUUGGAAUGAAGAAUAUGGAAGAAACUCCUUUCAAAGGAUUUAUUUUUCAUAAUAAAAUGCAAUUACAACAAUUAUCAAAUGAUUCUGGUAUUGAUAUAACAAAAAUUCCAACUACAAUAACCUAUCUCUCUAUCAAAAAUUAUUCAAACAAUGAACUUCUUAACUUAAAAAACCUUUCUCUUCUCAAUAUCUUAGGAAUAUCAAAUUCAUCAAAUGUCACAAUAAUCGUACCAUCUAAGUUAAAAGAAUUAUAUUGUUUUUCUUCAAUAGUGACUAUUCAAAAUCCAAAUGAAAGUCUUCUUGAAGGGAUGUAUUUCAAAUCUUGUAAAUUGGUUAAUUGGAGUUCUGUGCCUAAACUUAUCAAGUACCUUCAAUUAAUUCCUCCUAUUUCUUUUCCAUUGAACCAAAAAGAUUACCCUAAUUUAAAAUUUCAUAAAAUCAUUGUCCCAAAUUCACAACCUGAUUUGUUUAUUUCUCAAGGAUUACCAAACAUAAGAAAUGAAAGAAGACCUUUAAUAAGUAAAAUGGAUAUAAAAAUUAUUGAUAAUUGA